ACUUGAAAGCAGCACAAAGGUCCCGCCGUGACGCCAGCUGAGGGAGGAACUCCCGACAGCAGAAGUCAACCAGGAAACGAAGGCUGAUAAAGGAGACUUACCGUCCUGGGCUGACGGUAUUGGCGGAAGGAAUUAGUACUGUUAAAAGUACACGGUUUUAAUUGAAUUUCUAUAGUUAGUUAGACACAGAACAGCGACAUGGCUUCCCUCUUCAAGAAGAAGACUGUUGAUGACGUCAUCAAGGAACAGUCUAAGGAGCUACGAAGCACUCAGAGACAGAUCACCAGGGACCGAGCAGCGCUGGAGAAACAAGAGAAACAAAUGGAGUUGGAGAUCAAGAAAAUGGCUAAAAGCGGCAACAAGGAGGCUUGUAAGAUUCUUGCAAAGCAGUUAGUUCAGCUUAGAAAGCAGAAGAACAGAACGUACGCUGUGAGCUCCAAGGUUACCUCCAUGUCAACACAAACUAAAGUCAUGAACUCUCAAAUGAAGAUGGCUGGUGCCAUGUCUACUACAGCCAAGACGAUGCAGGCUGUGAAUAAGAAAAUGGAUCCACAGAAGACACUGAAAACCAUGCAGGACUUCCAGAAGGAGAACAUGAAGAUGGGGAUGACCGAGGACAUGAUCAACGACACUUUAGAUGACAUUUUUGAUGAAUCUGGGGACGAAGAAGAAUCUCAGGACAUUGUCAACCAGGUUCUGGAUGAGAUCGGCAUUGAAAUCUCAGGGAAGAUGGUCAGAGCACCGGCGGCAGGAAAGAACGUCCCCGGUGCCACCGCUGCCUCCUCCAAAGGAGCCACCAUUUCCGAUGACGAGAUUGAGAGACAACUUCGAGCUCUGGGAGUGGAUUAGUUCUCUGUUGUGUUAUUGUUCAGAUUCUAAGCUGGUGCAACUCAAAACUGUUUGAUACGGACUCUGUCGGAUGCACUAGUUUUGUCAUUGUUUAAAAGCUGCAUACACUAUUCUACACACACAAAGUCAAAGGCAAAAAGGCAGAAUUUUCUCACGUUGUCAUUCAUAUUGCCUUAAAGUUCAUUGGACGUGUAUUUAUGAGAAAAUAUUUAUUAUGAUACCGGAAAGGCCACAACUUGGCCCAAAGAACUAUGAUAAUCUGUCUUUGGAAGGACUACAAAUGCAGUUUGGAAAUGUCUUUUCCAUUUGACUGUUUGGCCAGCCUUUAGUUUGUCUUGUAAUCAGUGAUGGAUGCUCUUUCUCCAGGAAGUUUUAAUGCAAGAGUUGGUGAUUAAAAACAGCUUUGGGGUUGUCAAUAAACAGAUGGCUCUUGCUUUCUUUUUCUCAGAUCAUUUACCUGAUGUUUGUGUUGCUUUUGGUACAUUUAAACCCAUUUGACUCGUUUUCUCUGAGUGGAACCACCGCCAUUCGAACUCCUGGUGGACAAUUUUCCUUUCUUUUGUUAUUCGUUACAGGACAUUUAGAGCCACGUGUUAGAAUAACCAUCACUAACUUUACCCCUAAGGUUUAAUUCAGGCUUAAUGGAACACUGACAGGACUUUAAAUUAAUUGUCUUUUGAUAUAAAGUAAUUAAAUAAGUUUUUAUUUGGCCACUAGGUUUGAUUUAAUCAGCAAUUGCGGAAAAGCGCUGGUUCUGCAGUUUCUUUUCUCUCUCAGCUGCUGUGCAGUUACUUUCUUUAGGAAUCUUCAGCUGGCUCUUACAAAAGAAACUACACACAUGCACACUACAGCUACAAAAUAAUGGAAGUGUAUGUUGAAAUGACACUGUGAUUUAAAAUGUUUUAUGUCUGACUUUCCAACAAAGUGAAUUGUUAAUGUCAGCAGUUUCAGGCUCUGUGGAGAGACGGUGAUAUCUGUUCAAUGAAAACAUUGUAUCUUUCUCUUUCUGGCCGUUUAAUUCCACAUCAGUUCCUGCUGCAAAAAUGAACUGAAAAUGUGUCAUUUUUGCACGUGUGUGAUAUACAUAGCCCAACAUACUCCAUUGAGGUUUUGCUCAUUAUUUCUUCCUCUAUCAUGCACCAGUCUAACAUAAUUGUAAACAGAAUUAGGGUUUCACAGAUUUUGAUGAGUGCCGUUGCCUGGUUGAGAGUUUGAUUUCAAAGACAUGCGUACUCAUGUUUGUUUACUUCUUUGUCAUUGUUAAUUGAUUCUGUGAAAGGUUUAUGGCUUUUAUAAGGAAUAAAGUUUCCUCAGGUAUGAUUCUGA